CUCUAGACAUUGCGCAAGUUGGAUUCACGUAUGUUGCAAAUGCGGCAAAACACCUUAUAAAAAAGGCGAUGCAUCAGCGUGCGCUGCAACUCUUCGAUAACGUAACCAGUCCGCGGUUUUCAGGGCUAGAGCUAACCCGAGGCUCACGACAACUCAGCGUCAUUCCCAGACAAUGAAGUCUCUUCUAUCAUCAGAGCUAGCGGGCCUUGCCUUGAAUUCACAAGGUACAAGCCAUGAUCAGGAGCGGACCGAGAGCACCGCAAUAAGUGCCAAAAUAAAGCCCAAGAAUUCCAGCCCUAAGACAUCAUGGAUCGUCGGUUUCACAUCAAAAGAGGCUCUGGUCUUUGCCUCGAGCACGAUAGAAGCCUGGAAUCAACAUUCAAAGCAUACGAGUCUGCAUCUCCUGCUAACCCGAAGGUGGCCACAUACCUGCGUCUGUGCAAUUCUCCACUUUGUGCAGGCCAGCAUACAGACAAAACAGGGCAAUGUGUCGCUUGCACUUGGAAGUGGCGAGGUUUAUGUGUUGUAGGAAAAUGCUCGCUGGAAAGGUUUAUAGAGCGUUUGUAUCCUACCGUAUAU